AGACUAUCAGUCCUCCCUCUUUAAAACACACACACACAGUCAGUGUCGGUGUGAGAGAGCAGCGUGUCAGGAGGAUCUGACCGAGUCCCUGAACACUGCGGACAUGGCCAGCCCCGGCUCCAGAGAUACCGAAUGGGGAGAGAGCCAACAGCAAGACUCCGGACCCGGGCCAGCUUUCACCGAAGCUCAACACUGGAUCGAACAAGUAACAGGCAGAAGUUUUGGUGAUAAGGACUUUCGAACGGGUUUGGAAAAUGGAAUCUUGCUUUGCGAGUUGUUAAAUGCUAUUAAGCCUGGGGCCGUGAAGAAGAUCAAUCGUUUGCCGACUCCCAUUGCAGGACUGGACAAUAUUACAUUAUUUUUGAGAGCGUGUGAAGAGCUUGGACUUAAGGGAUCGCAGCUUUUUGAUCCAGGUGAUCUUCAAGAUAUGACCAAUAGAGCCACAAUCAAGGUAUCAGAUUACAGCAGGAAAAUGAAAAAUGUUUUGAUCACUAUAUAUUGGUUGGGAAAAACAGCAAACAGCUGCACAUCCUACAGUGGGCCGACCCUGAACCUGAAAGAAUUUGAAGGAUUGUUAUCUCAGAUCCAAAAGGAGAUGGAUGAUACAGACAGUCCAAAAAGAAGCAUUCGUGACAGUGGCUACAUUGACAGCUGGGACUCUGAACGCAGCGACUCCCUGUCACCUCCCAGACAUACCAGAGAUGAUUCCUUUGAUAGUCUGGAUUCAUUUGGAUCACGAUCACAACAGACACCAUCCCCAGAGGUGCUACUUAGAGGAAGUAGUGAUGGUCGUGGCAGUGACUCUGAAACAGAUGUAACACAGAAGGCACCUGACAUGAAACGAGACGACAUGUCUGUAAGACGGACUUCCUAUAGUGAACCCAAGUCAUCCGUGCCAUUUAACCAAUAUCUACCCAACAAGAGCAAUCAUACGGCCUAUAUGCCAGCACCUCUUCGGAAAAAACGGGCAGAGCGAGGGGAAAAUUAUCGGAAGAGCUGGAGUAACACUACUUCACCUGUAGCAGCAGAGCGACCAUUCAGUCAUAGUCACCCAGAGACUAUAGAGGAAGAGCAAAAUGAGGAAUCCUAUCAAGACGAAGAGUUUAGCCAGCUGUCAUCUACAUUUUCUGAGGUUCAAGGAAUUGAUCAUUCCAAGGCAACAGUGAAAUGUGAAUCGUCUCUUCCUGGGGAUGCUGAUAGUCUUAAGAAUCAUUCACAAGUUUGUGUGGCUGAAGACUCAGGACACAGAGUGCCCAGAGAAGACACAAAGUGGGAGAGGAAAGAUGAAGAAGAAAUCAAGAAGUUGAAGAGAAUUCAGAAAGCUGGUAUCACAGUCAUGCCAGCAUCUAAGCGAUACUGCAGACAAAAGCGGCAAGAUGAAAGCUGUGGGCAAACCACUCCAGAUAUCAUCCUCCGCAGGGAGAAUGCAUUUUUGACAAGCUAUCAGGACAAUGAGUCAGACUCUGAGGAGGAAGAACAAAAAGUUCCAGAUAUUGAGAAAGACGACCUCGCAUUGAGAAAAGCACAGAUGCAUCAGUGCAAGUCCAAAGUUGUGGUCAAUCAAUUCUUACCUGGACCAUGCACAAAAAAAGAUAGGGAGCGCUGGAAGAGUAUUAAACAAUCUGCAUAUGAAGCUGUCAGAGCUUCACAAAGUAAAGAGCAGAAAAUGGACAGCCAAAGUCAUAUUCAGGUGACAGAGAGUGAGUUGAUUGUCCCACAAAAAGCAAGUAUGCUGCUGGAGUCACAGCAGGAGAAUGACGCCAAGGUGGAAGAGCAGCAGAAAGGCCCAGAUAUAGAGCGUGAUGACCUGGCUCGGCGAAAGGCCCUGGGUGGCUUUACUGGUCGGCAAAAGCCUCAAACCUUCAGUCCUUCCUCGAUCACAUCAGCUGAUAUGGAAAUGUGGCAGAAGCUCCAGCUUUCUACUGACACCAGUGAGGACACUUCCAAGCCAAAUAAAAAAGUUUCUGAAGUGAAGCCAAUGUCUGAAACUGAAGUAGAAAAAGCAGCUCAAGACAACCCUUCCUGCCGAAAGGCAAGAAGCAGGACAAGUGCUUCAGGAAGCUGCCAGCGUUCUGUGCAUUUUGGUCCUGUGACGGAGAUAGAUCAGCAAUACUGGGAGAAGUUAAACAUUGCUGGGACCGGUCCAGACAGCGAAGCACAGAAAGGGGCAGACGGUUGUACUAUCAAAACCUACACCUGCCAUCUCUUACCCUCAGUUGCUUCGACAGUUAUCCUCAAUUCACAGGACAGUAUAAUAGAAGGUGAAUCACAAGUCAUUUCUGGCAACAAAAUCAGUCUUGACUCUCAAUGUGAGCUCAGCUGUAAAUAUGAAGACAUGUUCCACACUGAUACAUGCACAGCUGAGUAUUUUCGACGAACCCCUUCUCCUAUCUUGGUUGUCCAGACUGUAACUCUCAGCGAAAGCAGUAAUGAUUCCAGCGAGGAAGAUGAUGAUGGGAAGACCCCGGAUCUAGAGAAAGAUGACAUGAUGACCAGGCGGAUAAAAGCCUCCUCCAAACAGAGAAGUGCUGCCUUUAAUAAAUUCCUCCCAGUCCCCAGUUCACAGCGAGGACAGUCCAAGAGUGGAAUUAGUAAAGGACCUGAGAAAGAUGUAAAGACAGUGAACAAACCCAAGAAGGAAUCUCUGAGGACAUACAGUCCUACAGAUGCCCUGUCUGAUGAUGCAGGAAGCAUUAGUAUGAUCGAUAUGAGGCCCGAAGAUGUUACAAUCCAGCCUCAUAGUAAAGCUCGGCAUGAGGAACUACACAACAUUCAUAGCCGGCUACGUGAGGACCAGGACAAAUGGCAAGACGAUCUGGCUCGCUGGAAGAACCGCAGGAGGAGUGCAUCCCAGGAUCUAAUCAAAAGGAAGGAGGAACGAGAUAUUGUGGAAAAAAUAAUGAGCGGGGAGCGCAGUUCAGAAAGGCGGAGGAGCAUUAAAACAUACAGAGAAAUUGUGGAGGAGAAGGAAUGCAGAGAACUUGCUCUUCAAGAAGCGUAUAAAAAUGCAAGGACACCUGAAGAGGCUGAAGCCAUUUUGAAAAAAUAUUCACAGAGAUUUAUCAUCAGUGAACCUAUUCUUGAAAGCCUGGUGAUGCCAAAAUUCCUGGAAAGAAGUCAAUCUGUGGACUCUGAUACUCCAUCCUCACCAACAAAAGAUCCUAAUUCACUGAAGUACUUACGACAGCAAUCAUUGCCUAUCCAAAAAUAUACUGCUACUGUUGAAGCGAUGAUCAUGCCCAGCAGCCAGUCCCAGACAAAUGUUUCUGCAACAGUAACAUCCCCAACCAGAACUAUUGCCUCUAAGGCAGUGCCUAUGUUGACCCCCAAGCCUUAUUCACAACCAAAAGAUUCACAAACUGUGCUGAAAUCAUUUAAGAAGGAUGGAAAAAUUAGAAUGAAUGGGGAGACCAGCCCAACAUUCACCAGAGUUGAAGAGAAGGAACCCACAUCUGCAAUACCUACAUCAUCACAGAUGCUUGCAAAUGUGGCAAGUGUGGACACUCCCCCAUUAACAUCUCAAAUUGAUGAUAACUGCCAUGUGUCUGGACCAGAACAGGAGAUUUCUUCAACCAUAAAUGACCCAGAGACUGAAGAUACAGAGCAAGAGGAACGGACUGAAAUGCCAAUCAUCAUUGGCACCAGUCAACAGUCGAGCACAGAAGAAGGACCUGAUCUGAAACCUUGUUGCAAUAAGACUGAAAAAGGGACAGUGAAAGAUACAACACAAGAAGAAGAUCAUCCUUCGAACUUGGAAACAUCGACAGUACACAUUGCCCUCUCAAAUAAUGUAACAAAGAACACAGUUGAUUCCAAAAAUCUAAUGACUGACGAAGCCUUUUUAAAUCCUGAGAAAGAGAAGCCCAGUGACAGUGUGCAAAUACAACUUCAACAAGAGACAUUAAAAUCAGAGGCACUUCAACACGGUGAAACGGGAGAUGUAUUUGAAUCCAUUCAGAGAAUAAGUGAACUGGAGGAAGAGACUACAGGGGGCAGUCAGCCUGAUAAUGCUAUUAGUCAGCAAGAGUCACCUAACACUGCCAGUGUUCCGGUUAAAGUUCGGAACUCCUGGCGACGCUCAGAAUUUUUCUCUCAGCCAGCAGAAGUGAAAGACAGUGAAAAUGUAAAUAUCCCAGUUGCUCCUUUAAAUCUCCCUAAGCGUUUUGACCGCUGGUAUUGGGAUCCAGAAGAAGAACGCAAGCGUCAGGAAAGAUGGCAGAAAGAGCAGGAACGCUUGCUCCAGGAAAGGUACAGAAAGGAGCAAGAAAAACUUCGCCAGGAAUGGGAGAAAGCACAAAGAGAGGUUGAGGAAGAGGAACGUAGAUACCAUGAAGAGGAACGUAAAAUUAUUCAGGAAACAGUGACCCCGCUGACUCCACAAUCACCAGCAUUGUCUGCCCAUCAUCCCAAUGAGUGGAUCUGUCCAUCAAAACGUGAGGAAAACUCUCAUUCUGACCACAUUGAGAGUUCCUCCAUGGAUCCGGAGAACACGAAUGUCAAAUUGCAGAAAGAUGCAGUGGAAGCAGAGAGUUGGCAGGCAGAAGAUAAAGGACAAAUGGAAGCAGAAGAGGAGCACCGAUUGCAGAAGGAACAGCAACAUAAAUUGAUGUGGAAACCAGCAGAUUCACAGAACUUUAAAAAAGAUGAGACUGAGCAACAGGAAAACUGGGAUGAAACUGGGAAGAGCAAAGUGGAGACUUGGCACUGGCAGGAGAGCAAACAACUAGAAUCUGAACAGCAAAAGUUGAAUGUCCAAUCUGAAGUACACAUUUUCCAAAUGGACAAGGAGACUGUUAGUGAAAGACAGCCCCAAGCAAUCUGGCAAAUACCUUUUGCAGAUCACCAGAAAUUACCAGCUCAAGCUGCAGGAUCUCCACUAUUUGCUAGCAAAUCAUGGAAUACAGAGGAACCUCCUUCGUUCCUUGAAAUUCCAAGGAAACAACAACAAGGAGAUGUAGUGAAGACUGGGUCUCUGGACAGAAGCUGGGCUCUUCAGUCUAAUAUAAUGGACAGAAAAAACUGGUCUGGAUCUCAUGAAAACUUACAAUCGGGUCAAUCUCCGCCACUCCCACACUCAUCUCUUCAGCUACAGGCACCCAGUAGGUCAGUCAGUGGGAAGAAGUUGUGCUCAACUUGUGGGCUUCCUCUUGGAAAAGGUGCAGCCAUGAUCAUCGAAACACUCAGUCUAUAUUUCCAUAUUCAGUGUUUCACGUGUGGUAUCUGUAAAGGUCAACUUGGAGAUGCAACCACUGGGACAGAUGUCCGGAUUCGUAAUGGGCUUCUUAAUUGUAAUGAUUGUUACAUCAGGUCCAGAACUGCUGGACAACCCACUACUUUAUGACCGUGCCACAUGUCAAUCAGCAACAGCAACUGGAUGUCAGGAAAAACACGGAUGGCCCAUGCUCAACGCUGAUCAUUGCGACGAUUGCUUUAUGGACAAUCAUGGGUAGAAACUGUCAUUCACUGGCUUUCUCAUUAGAAGAGAUAUUAUUUUCCAAAGUAGCUUCUAUCUGCAUUGUUAUUUUGGCAGUCUACGCCUUGGAUCUUUUCAAAUUUAGUGAAACCACCAUUCUUUUGUGCUCAGAGUUACAAAAGUAGCGUACUAAAUUUCAUGGCAAAUAAAAGCUUUUAACUGGACACCUAUUUAAUUAA